AUGUCGAAUCCCCUCAAGUCUUCAAACAGCGCUUCUCCCUUCAUCAAGAGAGAGCAGCUGAGAAGAGAUUUCUUAAAAUCCAGACUUCGGAAAAACGCGACCCCCAAACCGUACGUGAAGAAGGAGGACCCAGACGCUUAUGACGAGCGUACAAAUCAGCUUUUGAACGGCGGUGGUGGGAGCAGUUCGAGUGCUCAUCCUGGGAUCAAGCAAGAAAAGGCCAACCCAGCUCAAUACAACGAAUUUCCACUAAGGGCAGUCUCUCACGAACACCUGGAAAAUAUUAGAACCCACAUUCUCAAGUUCCAAAGCAAGAAAAAGAUAGAACCAGCAAAGGAUUUGCAUCUUCCCGUCAGAUUGCACCGUAAAGAUACCAGAAAUUUGCAGUUUCAGCUAACAAGAGCUGAGAUCGUUCAAAGACAGAAGGAAAUAGCAGAAUACAAACGCAAAGCGGAAGCUGAAAGAAGCACGGGUAGCUCUGGACCUAGUGGAACUGGCACUACUACACCUGCAGCUACAGACUGGGGUGUCGGUACACCUGCUCCUCCAGUAAGUGCGGCAUCGCCAACGAGCACACCUGCAGACACGCCUGCUCAGACACCGGUAAAAACGGAGGGGCAAGAACAUGCAGCACCUGAAGAUGUAAAUGGAGCUUCAAACGAACAAGCUAGCGGAAAGAAGCCCUCCGUUCCACCUGUUACAAGGUUAGAAGAGGCAGGAGCUGCAGAAGAUCCAACGAAGGUGGGUAGAGUAAAAUAUGACGGGAAAGAAACACCAAUAGAGGCCGAUGGCAAGGAAGAUCCUUUUGCAGAUGUGGCUCCUGACGGCGGUGGCCGUUUCAAAAGAGGUAAUGUCAAAAGAAAGACUCGUUCUUUAAAGCUGCUUGACGAAAAUGCAAAACGACUCAGAUUCGAAGAGUUCUAUCCGUGGGUUUUGGAAGAUUUCGACGGUCUCAACACCUGGGUAGGGUCUUAUGAAGCGGGAAACUCAGAUUCCUACGUUCUUCUAAGUGUAGAGAACGACGGUAGUUUCACUAUGAUUCCAGCAGAUAAGGUGUACAAAUUCACUGCUCGAAACAAAUACGCCACGCUAACUAUUGAUGAAGCUGAAAAGCGUAUGGAGAAAAAUGGGAAAGGUAUUCCACGUUGGCUGAUGAAACAUCUGGACGAUAUCGGCACGACUACUACAAGAUAUGAUAGAACACAAAGGAGGCUGCGAGCAGUAGACGCUCGUCAAGGAGGCGAAGAUGAUAGAGGUGACAACUCGGAAGUAGAGUUGGACUUCGAUGAAGAAUUUGCAGAUGACGAAGAAGCGCCAAUUAUCGAUGGCGACGAAAAGGAAAACAAAGAGUCGGAGCUAAGAAUCAAAAGGGAAAUGCUACAGGCUAACGCAAUGGGUCUACGUGAUGAAGAAGAUGCGGAGGAAGAUCUCUUUGGGGAGAAAAAAAUCGACGACGAGGGUGAGAGAACCAUGAAGGCCCUUCAAAAAUCGGAUAUGGCCGCGCUUUAUGAGUCGGACGAUGAAUCAAAGAUCAACCCAUAUUUAUCCGAAUCAGAGGCCGAAAAUGCAGAAGAGGACAAGGAGAAAGGAGAAGACGAAGAGAACGGAAAAUCGAGUAGGAAGAGCUCACCAAGAAAGAAGUCACCCAGGGGCGCGCUUUCCGGGCCUCGCAUACACGUCAAAAGUAUUAAAAAUUUCCAGGUAAUACUUAAGGCAGAUAAAUCUGUGCUUAAGAAUUUCCCAGAGGGAGCUUGGAAUCCUCAUGCUAAAACGACCGGUGCCAAUGUUGCAGAAAAUGAAGCAUUCUCUCAAAAUGUCAAGGUUGAAGAAGAAAGCACAGAAAAUCCGGAUCUGCUGACCGAGGGAGAUAUCAUCAAUGUCGUAGCAGGACGGAGAAUGAAUUUAAAACAACUCAUCAAAGAGCUCAAGGAAAAAGUAGCAAGGCAUCCUUCUAACAAAGACAGAAUGAAGCAUUUGGUCAAAAAAUUAGUGAAGCUCAAGGAUGGAUAUCUGGAGCUGACAGCAGCUGUCAACGGAGGCUCCAACUGA